AAUUCAUUAAUUAUACAAUGAAUUAAAGUAGUUGAAUUAUUAUUGAGUUUAUUAAUUAGUGUUACGUUAAUUUUGUGUGACAGCUGAUAACCAAGUAAUUUAAUACGUUAUCCACCCUAUAACACAUAAUUAUUUGAUAAAUAUGUUCAAUUUAUAAAUUUCCCAUAAUCGAAAUGAAUUAGUUACGAGGAUUUUGUGAGGAUGACUUCUCAAAGUAGUACAACUACAGAUCGAACGGAUGCGACAUCAGUAUGUAGUGAUGCAAGUACAUUAUUAGAUGGAAGUGUUAUUUCAACGGUGCCAGAUCGACAUGGUUUUCUUGGUGGUCAACAAUAUAGUCCAGAACCAAAACAUAAAUUAUCACCAGAAAAAGUUUUACGUCGUGAACGAAAAUGGUUACGAAUGUUGGAUAAUUGGGAAGGUUAUAUGACAAAAAAUUAUAAAAAAGUUCGGGAACGAUGUCGAAAAGGUAUUCCAAUGUCAGUACGCCCCAAGGCAUGGCUAUAUCUGUGUGGUGGUAAAUUACUAUUAGACCGUCAACCAGACGAAUAUAAUCGAUUAAUAGAAUUACCAGGAGAUCCACGAUGGAUCGAUGAAAUUAAGAAAGAUUUACACAGACAAUUUCCCUUUCAUGAAAUGUUUGUUUCUGAAGAUAAACCAGGACAAAUAGAAUUAUUUAAUGUAUUAAAAGCGUAUUCAAUAAAAAAUCCAAAAGUUGGAUUUUGUCAAGCACAAGCUCCAAUUGCUGCCUUCUUACUGAUGCAUAUGCCUGCUGUACAGGCAUUCUGGUGCCUUAUGAGUGUCAGUGAUCAUUAUAUUGCUGGUUACUAUAGUCCGGGUCUCGAAGUUGUACAACGUGAUGGUGAUAUAUUACAUGCAUUGUUACGACGUACAUGUCCAGCCGCACAUCGACAUUUAAUUGCAAAAGGAAUCGAACCUGUUUUAUAUAUGACUGAAUGGUUUUUGUGUUGUUUUACACGAACAUUACCAUGGGAAUCAUUGUUAAGAAUGUGGGAUAUAUUCUUAUGUGAAGGUGUCAAGGUGCUUUUUAAAAUCGCAUUAGUUAUAAUUGCUGGAUGUUUAGGUUCAGCAAAAUUGCGUAAACGUUGUCCGGGCAUGUGUGAAACGAUACAAGUAUUACGAAAUCCACCGGAACAUGUAUUAACCGAAGAAUAUUUAUUGGUGCAUAUGGAUCGUUUAGGUUUAACUGAACAAGAUUUUCAAUUAGAACAUGAGAAACAAUUGACUAGACGAAAAGCCGCACAAAUAGCAGCUGCACAAGCGGCGGCGGCUGCCGCAACGACUGCCACCACAGCCUCAUCAAAAAGAUAACAAAUUACGAAUUUUAUUUGUUUUUCUUCUUGUACCAAAGGUUAUU